UUCCGGCGGAGGGCGGGGCCUCAAGGCCGUCCUCCUCGUGGCCAGGCUGCGUCCCGGUCGACACCGCCGCCGCCGGCAGCACUACCCCAGAAUGAAGAUUGGGCUGGAGGAGAGUGCAGGGGAAGGAGAACAUGCACUGGAAGAGUUCCUUGACCCGGUGUUGCUGUGACAUCGCUUGAACUUUCCAUCCUCCUCCUUGGUUGCCAACCUCAGAAGUGAUGCUUCUCCCUCCGCAGUCUCCCAGAGGGGUCUGUGCCUGAGACUAGUGGAAGGGAUGGCUAGCGUUGCCCAAUAGAGUCUCCUGGCAUUGCUUAUGCUGCAAGAUACAGCCCUGCUUCAGAUUCCCGGACUGGCUGUCUUCACUCAAGGCAAAGAGGAUGUCGGCCUCACUGAGCAGCCAGACCGUGGUCUCCCACCUCCUCGUGGCCCUCUUUGGGAUGGGCUCCUGGGUCUCCGUGAACUCCCUGUGGGUGGAGCUCCCCGUGGUGGUGAAGCUGCUGCCGGAAGGCUGGAACCUGCCUGCCUACCUGACCGUCCUGAUUGCCCUGGGCAACGUGGGCCCCGUGAGCGUGACCCUGGCUCACCAUUUCGCCCCCGGGCGGCUGAAGGAGCGCUGGCUGAUCCACGGCAUCCAGCUCUUGGCCGUGGUGGCGGCCUUCUUCCUGGCCUUCUUCUGGAGCCGCAUUGUGGUGGUAGCCGGUGAGCCCCACAGCCUGGCCUUCCUGGUGCUGGCCUUUCUGCUGGCCCUGGUGUGCUGCACCUCCAACGUCUCCUUCCUGCCCUUCAUGUACCAGUUUCCCCAGCUGUACAUCCGCACCUUCUUCAUUGGGCAGGGCCUCAGCGCCCUCUUCCCUUGCGUGCUUGCCCUGGGCCAGGGCGUGGGGCAGCUGGAGUGCCGGAAUGGCACCAACGGCACCCAGCCGCACUUUCUGGAGGAGAACUUCUCGGCCACCACUUACUUCUGGCUGCUCCUGGCCCUGCUGGUUGUCUCCGCGCUGGCCUUUGUGGCUCUGGUGCUCUGGCACAGCCGCAGCGGCAUUGCGGAGGAGAAGAGCUCUUCCCAGGACAGCGUGAAGACGGAGGAGUCUUUCCCGCUGCAGUCCGAGAGCGUGCCCGCCUCCAAGCACGUCACAGAGGAUGCUGCGGCCGGAGAGCCCGCCAAGCAGCCGGCUUCCACCUUCUGGACGGGGAGAAACGUCUACCUGCUGGUGCUCCUGGGGGUCUCCAACGCUUUGACCAAUGGAGUCCUGCCUUCCGUCCAGAGCUACUCCUGCCUGCCUUAUGGGGACAUGGCCUAUCACCUGUCCGUGGUGCUCAGCAACAUUGCCAACCCCGUGGCCUGCUUCACCGCUAUGUUCCUGCUGUGCAGGUCGUCCCUGGGUCUGGGCAUCAUCUCUGCCGUGGGGUGUGUCUUUGGAGCCUAUCUGAUGGUGCUGGCGGCCUUCAGCCCCUGCCCUCCCCUGGUAGGCAGCCCUGCAGGAGCUGCUCUGGUGGUGAUCUCCUGGAUCCUCUUCAUGGGCCUCUUCUCCUACCUGAAGGUGGUGAUUGGCAGCUUGCUGCACGAGGCUGGCCACGCUGCCCUGGUCUGGUGCGGCGCCAUCAUCCAGGCGGGCUCUCUGCUGGGAGCGCUGGUCAUGUUCCCCCUCACCAGCAUCUACCAGCUCUUCUCCAGUGGGAAGUACUGUGUGGACAACUGCAGGCUGUGACGGCAAGGAGGAAGAGCAGGGAGGCGAUGCUUCCGAGGAGCCACCCUGGGCCGCCUCUCUCCAGGGCUGUGAGCACUUGGGGGGGGAGCAGUCCUGGCUGCAGGGGGGGGGGACAUGUCUACUCUUCCUGGCUCCCCUCCAGCACUGCCAGUUGAACCAUUUCGUGCUGUUUCCCCCCAGGCAGAGGAGAGAGACUUAGGGGCGAAGCGCACAGACCCCCUUGCUUGCUCGCAGCCCCUCUCUCCUCUGCUCUUCAUCAUGGGUUAGUUUGAACCAUCUUGGGGCAGAAGCCCAGGAUGACUCUGAGGAGGGGGGGAGGGUCAUCCUUCCCUGGCAGCAGUCCAGGUAGCAGCUUCCUGCCUUGAGGGGCUGCUUGGCCACAUGCUUAGGAGGGUGGGGUGCUGCUACAGACACAGAGGCCUUAACCACCAUGCCUUAAGAACCAAGCUCUAUACCCCCCAUCUGGGACCAAAAGACUCCCCCCCCCACCCACACACAAACUCUGCAGGCCUCCUCCCUGUUGGUGAUCCAGGCCCCUUGAACCUCUCGGGAAUGGUGUCUUCGCGGGGGGGGGGGGACAACAGGCUGCCAUGGGGGGAGGUGGGCUGCAUUGUGGAAGUGAGGAGGGGGAGAGGGAGGGGCACCACCCUGCGACUGGCGACUGGCUUCAGGGGGCAAGUGGGGGCAGUCAGGAAUACUUUUGUUUUUUAAGAUGGGCUGGCUACAGUUCCAUUGGCUUUUUAAAACAAAGCACCCAGAAAUAAAUUAGGUAACCGAGACACAUUUUACGUACCUUGCAUUCUGUGCAAAAUCUGCACAAUUGCUGUGGAGGUUUUACACUAAACCCGGGGGGGGGGGCAAGAGUGUUGGACCUGGGAGUUUGUCCCCACUCAGCCAUGAAGCUCUUACUGAGUCAGCCCCUGCCUCUCAGCCUGGCCUACCUUCCAGGGUUGUUGUGAGGAUAAAAUGGGGAGAAGAAUGAACGCUACCUGGAGCUCCUGGGGAGAAAGGUGGCCUAACUGUAGUGAAGCAGGAGGGACAGCUAACAGAGGGCUGGGACUCUCAGGGAAGGCAGAGCAGAGAGCAGAAUAAGUCAGGAAGGUCCCAGGGCAGGGAACUCGAAUUUGCUGAAAGUGGCCCACCCACAGAAUUAUGGAGCCUCCCCUCAGGCCUGUUCUAUGUUAGUCUCAGCUAGAAUGGCUGUCCUUUGUUCAUAUUUCCCUGUGACUCUAGCAGGGCUAGAACAGGGCAGACCAACAUGCGGCCCUUGAGGCAUUUUUUGUGCCCACCUGCAGCUCUUGUGCCGCCUCCCCAAAGCCGGGCAAGUGAGGCGCUGGGCUCUGGGAAGGAGGCGUGAGGGCUCCCAAAGGGUCCAAGUCUCCUGCCCCCUCCUUCCCAAAGCCUAGUUAGCGCUUUCCCAGCUUUGGGCAGAGCUCGGAGCGAUGGCAUGGCUAAAGAAAAGGGCCUCCUUGGUAGCUAAUCAUCUCAUGAGAGGGACAAGGAUAUGGCUGGACUCCCAAUAGUUGAGUCCGAGGCCGUUUAGAGCAGUAUAAACCAGUGUCGGCUCCUUGAAUUGGGCUCUGUAGUGAAUGGGCACUGGUGCGGACCUUUCAAACCCAACGUUUUGCGAUCUCAUAGAGCUGUGCCAGUUAAGUCUGUUUUGCAUCAGCUGCAGUCCGAAGAAAAGCAGGAGACAACUGGCUUUUUAAGUCCCAUUGCAUUUGGUGAGGCUUACUCCCAGGAAAGAGGGUUUAGGAUCGCUGCCUUGAACUGUAUUGGUCGGCUAAUUAACACUGAGUAAGCCCUAGCCAGCCUGGCAGCGGCUCUGGCAGGGCCUCCAUCGCCCGUGGGGCUGCCCGGCACGGCGUUUUGGGAAGUUCACCUAGCUCAGAAAACAGCAGCAGCCAGUUGGUUAAAGGGGACUUCUCGACCUGAGAAUGGUUUGCCAGUCCUUGGAAGAUCUGCCCUGACUUUUGGCCACAACUGAACGUGCUGGUUUGUUUAUUUAUUUAUUUCAACCCGAAGCCCUUAAAUGCAGGAAGGGGCCCCCACUCCUUGUCAGUUCCUUUCUGGGGUCCUUCCUGGGGUUCCCCCUCUGGCUGGAUGGAAGCCACUGCAGACGGGCCCCAGGCACGCUCAGCCGCCAGUCACGGACGGUACUCUCCCUUAGGCCUCCCUUAAACCUUCCGUUGCCAAGCCCUGGACAGCAUUGAACCUCAAUGGUUCUUUCAAGGAUCAUCCGAGUGGCUAUCUUCUUGUCACUGACGGUUUCAUUCAUUGUAAGCUGCCUUGAGCAGGGCUGGAGACCAAAGACAAGAUCAGGCAUCCCCAAACUGCGGCCCUCCAGAUGUUUUGGCCUACAACUCCCAUGAUCCCUAGCUAACAGGACCAGUGGUCGGGGAAGAUGGGAAUUGUAGUCCAAAACAUCUGGAGGGCCAAAGUUUGGGGGUGCCUGGACAAGAUCUAUUUCUACUCUAUUUUUUUGUAUUUGCGAUAUUUUUAGGAUGCUAUAAAGCACUUAGAGAUCUGAAGCUUAUAUAUCUAUUUGGUAUGUGAUGCUUUUCUUUUAUGGAUGUAAUUUUACUGUUUUUCUUAUGCUGCACACGACUGGAAUAUAUUUUUUCCUUAAUGUGGAUGGGGUAAAAACAUUUGCAAAGAAAGUAUAAAUUGCCUAAAUGAAUAAUAUAUUUUAAAUGAAUAAAAUGAAUCAGAGUCAGACUUUAUGUGCUGGGUGGUCUUCAAUUCAUCACGUCCCACAUAAAAUGGAAAAUACACAUCUCAGGUGUCAAAGACAAGGGCAGAUACCGUAGGUGGGUCUUCAGCAUUUGCCAA